AUGGCUUCUUCUGCGGAUGCUCCUCUAGAGAGUGGCCUUUCGUCUCUAAGAUUGGCGGCGGAUAAGUACCGAUCGAUCUUGAACGAUGAAAAAACUGGAAAUAUACGGUGGAGGUACGGUGGUCCUCCGCUAUUUGACACUGUGAACAAGCUCUUCGAAGAAGAAAGAACCCAUGUUUGGCCAGAAGGAUCCUUGGAAGAGACGGUUCAAAACGCUAUCAUGUCAUGGGAGAUGGAGUUCUCACACAAGAUCCGUUUACAAGACUUCAAGACUAUAAACCCUGAUAAGUUUAAGCUCUUUGUCAAUGGGAGAGAAGGAUUAUCGGCUGAAGAAACACUUAGGCUUGGGAGUUACAAUGCUUUGCUCAAGACCUCUCUGCCUGGAGAGUUUCAGUACUAUAAGCCAGAGGAAGAGAGCUUUGAGUCAUCACAUGACGCCUUUAGAUCUGCUUUACCACGUGGGUUUGCUUUUGAGAUACUUUCUGUGUACUCAGGGCCGCCUAAUAUAGCCUUCAAGUUUAGACAUUGGGGAUACUUUGAAGGAGAUUUCAAAGGUCAUGCUCCUACUGGGGAAAUUGUUCAGUUCCUAGGCCUAGGAGUUCUAAAGGUUGAUGAACUGCUUAGAGCAGAGGAGAUUGAGAUUUAUUAUGAUCCAGGAGAGCUGUUCGGGGGACUGCUCAAGGGACCUCCUAUAUUAGAGACCAAAACCACAGGCAGUGGAAACAACACUGCAGAGAAACACAGCUGUCCCUUCACACAUUAAUAAACUAUAUGAAUGUUGAUUCUCUGUAUCGCUGGGCCAUACUGGAAAAUAAGGAAAGCAGAAAUGUGGACUCUUUAUAAAAUAUUUAAAAUAUAUUGUAAUAGUCUCUUGGAUAAAUGGAAUGAGCCAUCUAUAUU